AGGAUUACACCAAUUAUGAUAUAUGAAAAUUGUUUCAUAUUGUCUUCGCCUAAAGAUUCAUGCAUUUUGGGGGGAAUUUUCAAAUAUCAUUCGUAGUGUAAAUCCUUACUUGCACUGGCAUUCAUAUCAUUACCAAUAACUUAAUAUCACGCAGAUACCAGUCACGGGAAAUCCAAACGAGCGCCAGAUGAGGAGCUUCAACUAGAAAGUGAAGAUGCACUCAAUUCACUCAGCGCUGCUGAGAAAUUAAUGGGAUCAGAUGACGCUUCCCCUGAGCCAAAAAGAAAACAAAAACGAGAUGCAGAGGGUGAUGGUCGGGACCUGCUUGUGGCUUACUUGAGUGACGUGGGAGGAUAUGACAGGAACUAUCGGGAUGUUGAAGACGAGGACGAGUCUGGGUCUUCAGAGUCUAAAGACAAGAGCGAAAAGUUUGAAUACCGACGUAUGGUUAUUGAUGAGUCGGGAGAUGGUGAGUUCGUCGAAAAAUCCAAAAACGAACAACUCAAGGCUCGGAAACGGAGAGAUGUCUCAGAGCCAUGGGACGAGAGCUUCGAUGGACCAAAGAAGAUGGCUUCAAGGGCGGCACCAGUUGAAAAUUAUUCAAAGCGCAACGUCAUUCCUGUGCGUGAGGGUGAUACCGAAGAUGACACCAGCAGGCUCGGAGACUCUUCGGGUGAAGCGGAAAGGCCUGAUGAUUCAAGUGAGGCCAUUGAACCACAAGGAUCGGAAGAUAAGUUAGUUUCCCCUGAAUCCGGUGAUGACCAAAACGCAGAUGGAGUUAGCAAGUCCCAGGACAGCGAUAACUCUGGUCAAUCAGAUUUUGAAAACGAUUCAGGAGAGGCGGAAGAAUCUGCCGAGUCUGCCGAGUCUGGUUAUGCAGACGAAGGCGAGGAGUCUGGAGAUGAGGCAGAUCAAGGAGAAAGUCAGGAGACCAAUUUUGCACGUGUAGUGAGGGCGGUUGACAGUGAAUAUGAUGAUAGCACUUUGUUACGACACCGCAGAGAACUAACAGAAGAACUGGAUGAAGAAGAUAAGCCGAGGGCCAGAUCUAAGAGACAAAAUGAAAUGCUAAAUGACAACAAAAUCAACCGGAUGCAGGACCAUGUAAAACAAGGAGUUGACAACAUAAUGUCGCUGAUAGUAGACAUUUAUCAGUCCAGAAAAUCUUUGGCAAGAUUGGAACAAGUUGUUAGACAGUUAAAACAAGACAUUAUGCAACAAAUGCAUGUGCCAGCAGACCAGACUGAACAAACAAGGAACAAAUUAAGAGAUACUGUCAAACAGACUGUCAUCCAGAAAGUCAAUGAACUUGCUCAAUCAAUUCGUCAAGAAGUAGAAGAUUAUAAACAAAGUCACCAGGCAGUAAGCCAACAAGCCAAGGAAGCCAUCACUGCUAUCUUGGAUAUUCCUGUUUUCCAAGACAAAGUUGCAAGCGUAAAGAACAGAAUAAAGAAAAGAGCUGCAGAAAUAGAAAAAGAAUACAAGAAAGCCAAACGAGGCAGCGAGGAGCUGCCAAGUAUUUUAAAAGAGCACUUUAAAAGAAAUGCACCUGAUUUUAAAGGAGAGAAGAGGCUUUCUCGUUCCCACAGGGAUUUAAAUCUCUAAUCUUUCAACCUCUGUUCUUUUCCUGUCACUUUAAUAUAGAUAUCUCGGGCACUAGAAGCAACUGUACUCUGGAAUGUGAAAAGUCAUCAUAGCAGAUGAUAAUAUUAACAGAGUGCUGGUUUUGGGCGGUAUACUAAAAGCCUCUCUAAAGAGAAAAUAAUGGUCUUGUGUAGAAAAUAGAUAAUAGACAGAGACAAGUAUGAAAACUGAGGUAGGGUAAUUGUGUUACAUACUGGCCCAUAGAGAAUUGUAGCGCUAUUAUCCUGGAUGAAGAUAACAUAUGCAAACAGAAAAAGCAACGAAAUUUCACAUGGACUGAGUGGAUUUGAACACAUCACGCCGCGAUAAAUUAAAGGCCAAAGUCAGUCGUGAAUUUUGCUGCCUUUACUGUAAACGUUGAGAAGUAGCGGGAUUAUAACUGUAGAAAAAGUAAAACUGUAUCACUGUUCUGAAGAGUGAUAUCAGAUUCUAGUUUAUUUCCACCUUGGAGUGAGUCAGUCGAUAGAACACCAAUAUCGCUUUGUAGUAUAUUGGUAAAAAAAGCGGUGAUAUUUUCCUGGAAGUUUUAUGUGAGAGAGUAUGAUUAGCUGUAUCUAUUUUGCACUUCCGUAAAUGUUUAUGAUAUGACAUAAAUAUUAUGCCUGGAAAUGCGGUCUAAACCGAUCAAUAAGACAUUGUACAUUUGCAACUUCUUGUUAAUAACUUGAGCUGUUCUUAAAUCAACGAAAUUGAAUUAAUUUAGUAUAUGACAUUAAAUGUUUGCCGGGAUUUUAAUACGUACUUCAGUUAUUCUUACUCCUCGAACAAGCAAAACGCAUUUAAAACGAGGUCACUCAAUUUCUGUAUAUAAAACUUUGGGCUGCUUAGACCUCAUUCUUGAAUGUAAUAUGUUUACUAAUUAAAAUUUUAAAAUAACAUUAAUCGUAAAAUUGGUCAAACUCACUUCUAUAUAUCUGGGUUACGCAGUCUUUUUCUUUGUGGCAAAGCAAAAGCGAGGACCUGAUUUGUUAUUCUACGUUCCUUACAGCAUAUAUUAAGUGCAGUGUCCUAACAUAUGAUACAUCAUACAACAAUACGUUACUUCGAUUCUCAUCCUGAGCUUGUAUGGUCUUAAGUCAAUCUCUUAAUUUUGGUUUGAAUGCGAAUUUUAUCUGGAUAGUGUUUAAUUAUUUCUUAUUUCUCACAUUUCUGAGCAAAGAGAGAGUCUCAAUGGGGGUUGACCGCCUUGCCGUAAAACGGGUCAAAAAUUUAGCCGUUAUGCGUAAAUUUUAACCGUUAGCCGUGAAAAACAAAUUAACCGUAAAAAAAAAUUUAGCCACGAAAGUGAAAGUCUCAAGAUCUCUUGUCAAGGCUUUUUUUGUGUCUUGUCUUGUUGCAUGUAAGCUAUGUUAGUCUACCAUUCUUUAAAUAACGUUUUCCGUCCCGGAAUGGUGUUAAGACCUUAAAUACAUAUAAGAGUAAUCAAAAUAAAUUUCUAACUUUUGUAAACAAUGAAGGACGUCUGUUUACCGUAACGAAAAUAAAUUAACUGUUGGCAGUAAAAAAGCCAAAGUACUAACCGUUUCUGUAAAAGCCACCACCCCAUUGAGACCCAUUGUCAUUUUCCCUCCCUUGCAAAUAGAAUGAAACGAGCCACCUUUUAUGUCUUCCUUGAAGGAAAUCAACGACCACCAAAAUAUAAAACAUGCAGUGGAAACGAUCCACAACUGACAAAUUAUUUCUUGCAUAUCGUUACUAUACCUCCCACUGUUCUCACAAGAUUAAAUGAAAGGUAUUUUCCUUACCAAAGACAAAUGUCGAAAUUGCGCCCUUAGAACAAAGCAAAACUCACUGAACAUGAGUAGAACAUUGUAACAUUCACUUUAAUUUAAGUUGUGUUAUAACAACGUGAUACAAAUAUUGAGUAUGUGUCCACCUCUAACAAGAGAUGGAGUCUAAUAUCUUGUAAGUUUUAGUGAACUUAGUUUACACUCUUUAUUUUUCAUAGGAAUUUUUUUUUCCAACCGAGGCUUAAUAUUCUUAUUUUUCUGCCGAUUUUAGGCUGAAAAUUGUGAAUAUUCUUAGAUUAUAGCGUAUCAAAUUUCUGCUUUCGAAUCUAUUAAGUGUCUGGAUGGUACUAGAGUAAUUUUGGAGCCAUCAAAGCAUCGAAAAUACGGCUGGUGAUGUUUUUGUUGCUUUUUGGCUAGUUUUGCCGUUUAAAGAAGGAAGAAUUCUAUACGGCUUAGUUAAAAA